ACGCGUCAGACGAGAGGAGAGACAGGGCAGAGACGCUAAGAAGCGACACGCGUUUUUAAACGGUAACACCUCCCAAACCUCGAUCUUUUAAUUAGUUAAUUUUAAUCUGAUACUGUCAACGGCUGGCGUAUCGGCUGGCCGAGACGGUUUUUCGAUUUUUUUCCGCUAAUUUACUUGAAGGCCAAAGCGGCGGCCAUGGAUUUUUAAGGCAUAAUGCGGCACUUGUAAUGCAAUGGCGAUGCAUCAGGCAAUGCAAAAUCAACCGCGAAAUUCCAUCUUCGCAACUGCCAAGCAGUUGGGCUCAAAUACCGUCCGCGGUAUCCCUGCGAGCCAACCCGUACCUCUGCUCCUGGACCGGAGGAAGCUAACUCUAGCCAGCUAGUCACCUUGGCUUUAGUUACCAAAAAAAGAAAACAAACAACAAACAAAAAUAACAUCGAUUUCAUCUAAACGUCAACACUACCGAUCAAAAUGAAGCCUCAAGAUAUUAUCGCCGGGAAGGCCAGCCUGUGGAUCUUCGGGUACGGGUCGCUGGUGUGGAAGCCUGACUUCAAGUACAGGAGGAGCGAGGUCGGCUACAUUCAAGGCUACAAGAGACGGUUCUGGCAUGGAGACAACUUCCAUCGCGGGAAUGACGAGUUGCCCGGAAGAGUGGUGACGCUGAUCGAAGACGAUGACGCGAGCACUUGGGGUGUGGCGUUCGAGGUGACCGGCUCGCAGGUGGAGGAGUCCCUGAAGUACCUCAAUGUGCGCGAGACGGUCUGCGGCGGCUACGCCACCAAGAUGGUGGAUUUCUACCCCGAGGGGGGGGACGCCAAGACGCCCGUCCAGGCGCUGGUGUACAUCGCCACCUCCGACAACCCCCUCUUCCUGGGGCCGGCCAGCCCGGAGGAGAUCGGCGCCCAGAUCGCCGUGUGCAGAGGGAAGACGGGCCACAACCUGGAGUACCUGCUCCGACUGACGGAGUUCAUGAGGAGCAGCUGCCCGCAGGUGGAAGACCACCACCUGUUCUCCAUCGAGGCCGCAGCUCUGACCGUUGUGUCCUACCUGCUGGCAGCGCAGUAGCUCGUACCCUUUGUUUCACUAGCUGAUAGCGGAUGAAUACACUUAGACAUGACUCUUACCUGUCAUGAGUCUGUUUAUGUUCUGUUUACACUACAUCCAAUGAAUGCUAUUAAAGAGAUAAAAGGGAAAUUCAUUUUUUUUUUUUUUAUUUAAAGCAUGUUCACAUGUCGUAAACCGGUUAUAAAAUGUGUGCACCAUAAUGUUGACUGUAAACAUUUGUGGGGUUUUUCCUUGAAACAGCACUCCAACUGUUUGUAUUUGCACAGUUCAUCUUCCGUCCGGUUCAUUCAGAAGGUACGGCGGGUACCAUCUUUGGGAGUAAAAGAAAUGCAUUUCACCAGAUAGCUGCUGUUUUGUUCUCAAAGGUGCUUCUGACAAAUCUUUCCAUCAAGUGUGAAGUGAAAUGCCAAUAAAAAAGUUGAAAGGA